AUGGACCUUGAAUUUCAAUGCAAUGAUGAACGUUUUUCCUCUCGGAAAUGGGGAUCACAUGAUUUUGACAACAUGCAUGUUGUCCCCCCUGGUUCUACUAUUGUUCGCCAAAUGAAUUUGGAGUAUCUUGGCCGGGUUGUCUUCAACACUGAUGGCAUGAUUGGUGGAUUGCGAGUAGUUGGAAUUGAAGCUAAAGCAACUAUGUUUGGACAACCUAUGGCAUGGUUUUGCCCGGUGUUGUUGGCUUCAAGUUGUCUAAAAAGUUGCAAAACAGUGUCACAACUACUGAUUUGGUGUGAGGGUUUUGGUGCAACAAUGGGCUUCUUCCCUGUAGAUCAUGUCGCAUUGCAGUACCUUAAAUUGACAGUAAGAAGUGAUGAAACUGAAAUUCCCAAUAAUCCUACGCCUUACUUUCUUUCUCCCGUCAACUACACCCACCUCGCUUUUCACUUCCUCCCAUUAAGUCCCACCUUUCGUCCUUACCAGGUCAAUAUAGUUUUCUCAUAUUCCUCUUCCACAGACACCUCCUGCAUCUCCUUCGAUCAUCGCCCUUAUCACCUCCCAUCUUCUUCUAAUAACUUUCCUAGCAUCAUAUAUCGAAUAACAGAGCACUUCCUCCUAACCACCCAACCAGCUGCUCACUCCGAUCGAGAUAAACAAUUCCCUUGCUGUACAAACCGAGUCUCUUUAAUCCGGUUUAAAACCACAUUUGUGCUACAAGCACCUACUCAAUGAGCAUGCACAAAAGUUGAAGCCACUCCCAUUAUAUUAAACUCAUAAUGAAGGAUGUGAAUGCCUACCUAAGUUCAAAACCACUAUGUUGAUUGAUGGCAUGAGCAAUACAUCUUCAACACAUUUCAGCAGCGUAGAUGGCUAAAAUGGUGUGUCCAAGAUUGCAUAUUUGUUUUUGGUAAAGACAAAAAAAAAUGCUAUCUUUGACACAUCCAUCUUAGCCAUGAUGCAGAAGUCAAAGAAGGAAACACCACAUCUAACUCACUCAAGAAUAAUCAAACACAUUUUAAGAGGUUUGGUUCUUAAUAUAUUGCUGUAUUACUUGGAUGGCCCCUUGGAGUUUUAGGCCUCGUUUGUUUUUCUACAAAAGUACUUUUUGAGCACUUUUCCCUUCUGGUGGGUAUACGUCUUCUUCCGCAAACAUGGAAAAAGACAAAAGAUAUUUAACCACUUCCAAAAUAAACAACACCUUAGUGUCAGGAUGUUUUCCAUAGCUUUAGAGGAGAAGAUACUCGCAAGAUUUUUGUGGAUUAUCUACUGAGCUCUUUCACAACAAGGGAUCUACACUUACAAGGAUGAUGAAACACUUCUAAUGGAAGAAUUGAUAGGUCCAUCCCUUUGGAAGGCUAUCUAAGAGUCAGAUACUGCCAUGGUUCUAUAUUCUGAAAACUAUGCAAAUUCUUCAUGUGUUCAGAUGAAGUUGCAUAUGUUAUAAAGUUAAAGGAUACAAGAGGGAAAAUCUUUGUGCUCAUAUUUUAUGAUGUAGAUUCCUUUGCAAUGAGUAAAUGAAUAUGGAAAUACGGAGAAGAGUACAACAAAGUAACCUUUAUAGAUUGGAGCCAAACACAUUGCCAGUAGGUAAUUUUUUUUUUUUUUUACACUUUUUAUCACAAUAAAUAUGUGUGCUCUACAAGACAUUUAUACUUGUAGCUUGGAAGUUUUUUAUACAAAUAUUUUAUUAGUCAUUACUCAUUAUCACUAUGAUUAACAAAAGAGGCUUUGACUAGAUCACUAUAUCAGAGAUGAAAAAGGAUCAUUACUGCUGGAGGCUAUUUAGCUUUUUGGUAGACAUGCAUAUGAAAUAUAAACCUGUAUAAGAUUAUGAGAUGCAUCCA